AUGAACCAAGAAAUCGUAAUGACCAUACAAUCAUCACUAAUACCGAGCCAGGAACAACAGCAACAACAACAACAACAAAAACAACUGCAUGGCACCGUCGCGCAAGAAGAGCAACAGCUGCAGCUUGGCACCGUGCAACAAGGCGGUGGCUCGACGGAGUCCGAGUCCCACAACCAGCGCAAGAUCAGUCUAAUUCCGCUCGUCUUCCUCAUCUACUUCGAGGUGGCGGGCGGUCCGUAUGGCUCCGAGAAGGUGGUCCGCGCGGCGGGGCCGCUCUUCACUCUGCUCGGCUUCCUCAUCUUUCCCCUAGCGUGGGGUAUCCCGGAGUCGCUCGUCACCGCCGAGCUCGCUGCCGCCUUCCCGGGCAACGGCGGCUUCGUUCUGUGGGCGGACCAUGCCUUCGGCCCGCUCGCAGCUUCGCUUCUUGGCACGUGGAAGUACCUCAGCAUCACCAUCAACAUCGCCGCCUACCCGGCCCUCGUCGCCGACUACCUCGGCGGCGUGGCCCCCGCGAUCGCGGAGCCCGGCAGGGCGCGCACGGGCGCGGUGAUCGGCAUGACGCUGCUCCUCUCCUUGUUGAACUACGCCGGCCUGAGCGUCGUUGGGUGGGGCGCCAUGGUGCUCGGGGUGGUGUCGCUGGCCCCGUUCGUGCUGAUGACGGCGAUGGCGGUGCCCAAGUUACGGCCGCGCCGGUGGGCGUCGCGGGUGGAGGGGAGGAAGAAGGACUGGAGGCUCUUCUUCAACACCUUGUACUGGAACCUCAACUACUGGGACAGCGCGAGCACCAUGGCCGGCGAGGUAGAGCGGCCGGGGCGGACGUUCCCGCGGGCCCUGGCGGCGGCGGUCGUUCUCAUCGCCGUCAGCUACCUGUUGCCGCUCAUGGCCGCGAUCGGCGCCACGGACGCAUCACCGGAUGCGUGGGUGAACGGCUACCUGGCAGAUGCCGCAGGCAUCAUCGGGGGACCAUGGCUAAAGUACUGGACGGGGGCUAGCGCAGUGAUCUCCUCCAUAGGCAUGUUUGAGGCCCAGAUGAGCAGCGGUGCAUUUCAGCUCCUCGGCAUGGCGGACCUGGGCCUCCUCCCGACCAUCUUCUCCCAGCGCGGCGACCGCACUAGGACCCCAUGGGUUGCCAUCACCGCAUCGACCGUCAUAACGAUCGCCGUCUCCUUCCUUGGGUUCGACGACGUCAUAGCAACAUCCAACUUCAUGUAUGGCCUCGGCACGUUGCUUGAGUUCGCAUCCUUUCUAUGGCUCCGAGUUAGGCAUCCUGCACUGAAACGUCCCUACCGCGUGCCGCUACCAGUUCCCGCACUUGUGGUCAUGUGCAUCGUGCCAUUAUCGUUCCUCGCCUACGUGUGUGUGGUGGCCAGGUGGAGGGUACUCGCCAUCGCCGCGGGGCUGACCACACUCGGCGUUGGGUGGCACGGUGUCAUGAGGAUGUGUAGAGUCAAGAAGUUACUUAGUUUCAACAAUGUUUAG